CCUCUGCAGCCCCGCCAAGCCUCCUCAUCACGCUCAGCACCACGAGAAGGGGAAGUGUGAUGAGCUGAGAGCUUCACUGAACACCAGCCUCCAAACGCAGCGCCGCAGCGGAUCUCUAACUGUCAGCCGUCAGGCCUGGUCUGAAGAGCAGCAGCAGCAGCAGCAGCAGCAACAUGGCUCAAGGCUGCCUCAAGUGUCUCAAGUACACCAUGUGUGUCGCCAACUUCCUCUGUUUUAUCUGUGGCGUGGCCGUGCUCGGCUUCGGCAUCUUCAUCACCGUCAAGUUCAAGAUGACCGCCCUCAUGCCCAACGUGUCCGUCUUCACCAUCGCCAACAUGCUGCUCAUCAGCGGCAUCGUCAUCACCUGCGUGGCCUUCCUGGGCUUCCUGGGAGCUCUGAAGGAGAACCGCUGCCUCCUGCUCACGUUUUUCCUGCUGCUCUUCCUCCUGAUGCUGGUGGAGCUGGCGGCUGCCUGUCUGCUGCUGGUGCGGGAGAAAGAGAUCACCGACCAGGCGGAGAAAGACCUUGUAAAUGGUUUGUUGAAAGCCAAGACGUCGAGUUUCAACAACACAGAGCUGAUGAGCGACUGGGACUUGGUCCAGGGAAUGUUGGACUGCUGCGGAGUCAAGAACGUGUCCGACUGGGGGAGCCAGGUGCCCAAAUCCUGCUGCAAGGACCAGUGCAACACGUCCCAGCCUGUCUACAGGGAGAAGGGCUGUUGGAGCAGCCUGAAGGACUGGUUCAAUGAAAACUUUCUGACCAUUGGAAUUUCCAUCAUCAUCAUCUGUGUUAUCGAGGUGUUGGGGAUGUGCUUCUCCAUGACGCUCUUCUGCCACAUCAGCAGAUCCGGACUUGGCUACAAACUCUGAAGACGUCAUUCUGAAGAUAUUGAACAUUUCUGUCCUUACCCGAGAAAUCACACGAUCAGAGGAAACCAGUUUCAACCCUUAACCCCGGUCUGCAUGUUCUUCCUGUGGCUAUUUCCAAAACCGUGAUUGAGGCCGUCGAUGGCUUCCAACUUCAAGUAUUUGUUCUUCAGUUCAAAUCAGCACAAUAGGGAGGUAGCCAUGUUCCGUUUCCCCCGUUUCCACGGAGAUUGAGCCUUUCUAAAAAAUUGCGUUUUCAGUGGCUCCUAGCCGUUUUCGUGUAAACGGACACUCAAAAUGUGUGGAAGAAAAGCACUGCGCUGUGUGAAGACAUGAAACAUGAACAUUCAUUUGUGAUUUAUUUCUGUUUGUAAACUCUGUAAGUUAUCUCAUUUUCUGUCACUUUUGCUGUAAAAAAAAAAAAAAAAGAACUUUGUUUUUAGUCUUUACUUUGACAAUAAUAUUGAUUAUUCCAUCAAUAAAGUGUGACUUAGUGUUGACGGUCUAAAUUCUGAAGGCGUCAGAUGAUCCA